AGCGCACCCAUUCCAACGGGCCUGAAAUCUUAAAUCCGAAGCAACUCGUACAUAACUCACGACUCACUCAAACCCCUUAGACCCGGCGUGGCCAACUGUCAUUUUUUCCAACUAAAUCGUUCAAAAUGAGCGAAUCACAGUCCGAGUCGUUCUCCAACUCGCCCCAUAACCGCCAAACCACCGAUAACAGUCCCACGAUCCCAAUCGAGAUCGUGAGCGAAGAAGAAAUGGCUCUUCUUGAAGCAGCUUUAGCGGCAACUCGCUCUUCUUUCUCUUCCCCCGCUAUUUCUUCAAUUUGUUCUCCCUCUCGAUCCUCUCAGUUCCAGAGGAAUGCGAGGUCUGUUCACUCCAUUACUCUCCUUUCUAAGAGGCGAUUGUCGUAUUGCUCCCAAUCGGAUAUUGAGGAUUUCGGUGGCACCCAGAAGAGGAACAGAGUGCCUGAGUCGUUGCUGCAGCGGUUCAGAAAGAAUAGAGGCUUGAAUGUCACCGAUAUCACCGCCACGGAAUGGUGUGAAAAACAAAUGGAGUUCACUCUCCUCUUUGGCAAACGAGAAGUCAACGAAGCCAUGAAAGCGGGUAGUGUUCGCCACGCAAAACUAGAAGAAGAGGUUGUUAAAAAAGUCGAAGUUCGAGUUAAAUCUAUUGAAGAUAUUUGGGCUCUGAAGUUUUUGAAUUUCAUAACUGGUGCCAAGCAAUUACUGUUCGAAGGACUAACUCGUGAACUUCCUCUAAUAUGCUUUGUGGAAGGUGUGUGGAUGGUGGGCGUGGUUGACGAAGUCCAAUUGCCAACAACAGACCCCAAUAGAUAUCCUGUUCUAGUGGAGACAAAAACUCGUGUUCAAGACACACUUCCUGCUGAACCACAAAGAAGGAAUGGAAGGCUUCAGUUAAUGUGCUACAAGUAUAUGUGGGACAGUUUGGUUGCUGAUAAAUUUCCCUCCAGGCAGUUUUUUGAUUUCUUUUCCUUGGAUCCUUAUUAUUUAUUAAGUGAAGAAAUUCAAGUGAGCACUGCAAGCUCAGGAUUUCAUGUAAAGACCCUCGAUGAUGUACUUAAAUGCUAUAGUAACACAUGUGAAAUGCUGCUCCCUGCUCAUGACCUGCUGUUGUUGAGAUAUGAGCUACAAAGGGAUAAUACAGUGCUUGGCGAGGAUCAUUUCACUUAUGAUCCCGACUGGGUGAAGAGUCAAUUACAGGGCUGUCUGGAGUUUUGGCUGGGCGAGCGAAAAGCUAAUUUCAUUCUCGAAGAAGAGCAAUGGAAAUGUCGUUAUUGCCAAUUUGCCUCCGUGUGCCCUGCAAACUCAAAGCCUGAUACCACACCAAGCUUGGAAAAGACGAACCCUAAUGGCACUCCAAACUAAGCAAUAUACUUCAAACUUUUUCUUGCUUGUUCUUUGAUCGGCUUCCUUGGUCUGAACUAGCAAGAUCCUUGCAGAGGAGCAACAAUUUUUUAUGCAAGCUUCUUUGCACUGCUGUGUUUGCUAACCUGAAGACAUAUUGGUAUCUUUCCUUCUGUAUGUGCUGCAGUAAUUUACCAUUUCUCCAUAGAAAUGUCUGGGUAUGUGCUGCAAUUAUUUAUCAUUUCUGUAUAGAAAUGUAUGUAUCUGUUGUAGGCUUUGUUGAUUCAUCAUUGUACUAAUGAAUUCCUAAUUUAUAGUGAUAUUUAUUCUUUGAAAAUAAUGGACAUCUCUCU